AUGGCUUCUAGCAACUUCAACCAAAAUUUUACUCCCUUCUGUUUCAAGUGGGACUAGGCCUUCGUUAGCAAUUACAACAAGUUCGAAUAGGAGAUUAAUAGCAUCGAAAAAAAACUUGAACAUAAGAAGUUGAGCUCACGUUAUCCCUUCUUCUUUUAGAGAUCAAUUAUAAAUUUGGAAUUGAAUAAGCAAAUGCUUCAAAUAGGAUAAAUUUUUGAUGAAGAAUACGAAAGAUACGAAAAAUUCAACUAAAAUAUAAGAACUGACUUUAAAUCUGUAUUUUAAUCCAAGUUUUAACCUCCUUUCCUCGGUAUUGCAGUCAGUGCAGGCCUCUUUGGUAUUUUUGCUUUUGUCCCUUAUUUCAAGAAAAUAAGCUCCAUCAAGUACUCUGUAUUGGCUUUCCCACCUGUUAUUGAAUAUCUUUACGAUCAUGCUAAUACAGGAGCUCAAUUCAGAACUAAGGAAUUCUUGAAUUGGGUUCUCGCUUUCAGAGAGGGCUAAUCUAGACUUGAGUAUGAAGGCAAACUCUUAUUCGAACAAAAUCCUCGUCUCUUAAAAAGAUUCAGACACUUCACACUAAACAGAACUUCUCCUUAUGAUAUUUAUGAAAAGAUGGUUCUCUUGAUAAGAGAAGAAUACCCUGAAAACGAUACUGGUAACAUUACCUCAUUUGUAUGA